GAACUGGCAGUUAUGUUGUAGUGUUUAUAGAACUGUGUUGAAGUCUUCAUAGAAUUAUCUGUGUUGAAGUGUUUAUAGAACUGCUUGUGUAAUAGUGUAUAUAGAAAAAAUACUUUUAUUUCGUGUAUCGUUUUGAAACUACUCUACCAAUAUGUAACACGAAGUCAGUUUGCUGAAGUACUGAAAGGGAUAUAAGUCCGAAGAAAAAGACCGAAUCCUGAAAAAAGUAAAAACAAACAAAAAACUAACUAAAAUAAUACAAAUAACAAUAUUGAAAUGUAAGAGAAAUAUCAGGAUAAAGUAAAAAGUCACAAAAAACAAAAUAUGAAAUUAGGGAAAUUGUUGGAACAGAGUUUGAGGCCGAAAAUAGAGGCCAGUGGUGCAAUAGGAAGAUAAAAAAGUCAAACUUGGCGGGGUUGAGCGCCCUCUCAGCGGCCUGACGUCACGCCUUCCCCCGCGUCGCCGCGAUCUCGGAACCACUUUUCGACCCAAUAUCUCUACCAGGUGUUGCUGCAGAAAAAUGAGGACUUAAAAAAUUAAUGAUGUAAUAAAAAAAAGAAAAAAAAAGAACCUUUUAAUCAUAAUUGAUAAUUAGAACCUUAUAAUUGAUAAAACAAAAGUGAAUUCAAUUUCUUAAGAGAAAAAAAAAAAAAAAUUAAAGAAACAUCCCCUCCUUUACAUCCCCCUCAAAAGAUAAAUAGAAAAAAAAAAUUGGAUCAUUUAAAUUUUGAAAAAGAUGGUGAUACAAGACCUGCAACGUUUCCUCGAGUCCCAAGUCCCCGGUGCCUGCGUUCCUGUGGAUCUGCUCAAGAUUGCCAAGAGUGUGAGCAUCAGGCGUGGAAACCAGCGAAAUGUUCCGCGAGGGGGGUAUGGCCAGCCUCCCCUCACACUUGUGGUGGAUGGAGAGUGCUGUUUGGACCGGCUCUACGGAGGAUUCUUCUCAGACUGGGUGUGCGGCGGCCAGUGGAAUCGCAUGGUGCAGUUUUUGGCGGUGCUUAUCCAGACAGUGCAAAGCAACAACAUAGAGCUGGCCGUGUUCUUCAAUGGUGCUCUCGAACAACAGCGGCUCAACGAGUGGUCGCGUAGUCAAAUUGCCCUCCGCAGAAAUGUCAACUCGGUGCUGAAACAUGUGACAGUGAAGGGUACUCCCCCGCCCAAGGUGUGGUGGGUGGCUCCUGUUGGCUUGCGGACCUGUUUGCGCAUGGCCUUGCGACACCUCAAUAUACAAGUGCUUUGCACCAUGGAUGACCACCACCAAGAAGUAAUUGCCUUCUGUCGAGAAAACAAUUACCAUGGACUCAUGGCGGAAGAUGCAGAAUACAUUAUAUUCGACCCCCCACGCUACUUCUCCUCACACCAGCUCAAACUAACGUACAAGGGGUCGCUGGAAACCAAAGAGUUUAUACUAGAUGAAGUGGCGAGAGGCUUGGGUCUCCAACGCAACUAUUUCUGCUUGCUGGCAGCACUCUUAGGAAAUUAUUUACUCACAGAAUCUGAUCUCAGAGAUUUCUAUGCUGCAUUAGUUCCAAAUUAUGACAGACAACAGACUCCACAAGAGGAAGUAAUAAGAGCAGUUGUCAAGUUCAUAGUCAACCGAUGUGAUGUCAAUAACUUGCUUAGUGUUGGUGCACAGAUAUUUGGCUCCAUAAGUGACCCUCGGGUUGCAAAAUUCAAAGAGUCUGUACAAUACUUCCUCAACGGCACAAAAGACGGCUUCCUGCGCUAUAAACCGUUCCAGUCGGGGAGACGAGAUGGAGGUCACAGACAGUCUCCGCACCAGUCAGUUCCUAAACAAGAGGUCCAAGAAUCAAAGAUCGUGAUUGAGGUGACGGGUCCAGGGAGUCCGCAGGGUAGCAGCCGUGGAGGGAGUGGCUGUGGCUCACUCUCACCAGAAGCAGCCCAGCUAGAGCAGGCGCUGGAGUCCCGCCUGGGGGGGUUCACCAUUGUGGUAACCGGGGAGGAUGAUGAGGAGACGCAGCACCUCGAGGACUGGGGUGGGGAGGCAGGAAGAGGAGGAGGAGGGAUGGAAGAUGGAGGAGGAACCAGUCGUGGAGAAAGUGAAUGUGAUGGAGGAGGAGGAGGAGGAGGAAAAGAAGAUAGUGGGAGAGAUAGGGGUGAGAACAUUAAAGAGAUCUUUAAAGGAAUAGAGCAGAACAAAAGAGAGGAAGAGGAGGUGGAGGAGAACGGUGAUGAUAAUAAGGAGAAAGAAAAGGACGAAGAGAGGAAGGGGGACCUGACGGUGCAGCCGGCUGACCUCGAUGACCACGACCACGACUCAGGUAUAUUAUGUGGUGGUUGCCUGGGCUCGACGGCCUCAGGUUCGCCAGGAGCCUCCCUCUUGCUCUCGUCCUCAUCUUCAUCCAGCAACAGCUCAGCCGCCUCCCCGUACCGCCUCACGCCUGAUGUGUCUUGGGCAGCGCAGGUGUACCGCUCCAACCACACUUCCCACUCUAGUAGUCCAAGUGAAAGCCACCAGGAGCCCGGCCCGCAGAUUGACCCCAACCCACUGCCUCUACCUCCAGUCCCCCAUGAAGUCAUGCGAACAGGCCUCCGAACGCCACCAGAAGGGUCUCAUGUGUCCUUGGGUGUACCAGGUCCUCACACAGAGGGCCUAGCCACUGAGGUACCUGAAAUCAAGGUUCGCGAGUGGGUGUACACCAAAAAUAACCCAUACCGCACUGCUGACAUUGUAGAAGCAACACCCAUCAAUUGGGCCGUGCCGACCGUCCAGAGGUUGUGGUUUGGAUCGGUUGUGGAUGACAAGAAGCGCCGCCUCAGAGCAUUUCUAAGCUGCAUGCGAUCCGAUUCACCUCUUAUGCUACACACGUCCCAUGUUCCACAGCAUCUGUUAAUAAUGGCCACAGUUCUAAGGUAUAUAAUGAGCAAUCCAACGGGUCCAGUCCUGAGGAAACAAGAGCUUGACGCUUUCCUGGUCACAGCUUUCUCCCCAGAUCUCACAAAUGCACAUUAUUUGCAAGAUUUGCAGCUUCCCCUAGUUACUGCCAGAGGUGCUCAGUUAGCUGCACUUUUCAUGCUAGGGGUUGAGACAGCUCUCUUCGCCAAUGAUGCAUGCGGAGCACCUGUUCCCUGGCUCAUGUGCUGCCCAUGGUUGUAUUUUGAUGGCAAGCUCUUCCAUGCGAAGCUCAUCAGGGCCAACUGUGCCAGGUCACUUGUUGAGGUGUGUGAUGGGGAGAUAGACCUUGUGGCAAAAGUGGAGCGCUGUCGCCAGGCGAUACUGGAGGGCAUUCGGGUGGAAUUUGCACACCCCCUUCUUCCUCCCAUGCCAGGAGCGGGUGGGCACAAGGUCGGCCCCCCACCCCCCUACCCCAUGGCUCACCCCCCAGGCCGUGGCAGAGGCAGAGGAGGACCAGUGAGGAAUAGUGUACAAGGUGGUGGCGUAGGUAGAAUGUUCUCCCGUGGAGGACAACUACAAGUCGCCGGUGUUGUUGUAGGAUCUUGGGGACCAAACUAUGGCUCCAGCGGUAAUGACUACAGACCAAGGGGAACAAGAUACCCGCAUAAUGGUGGUGGAAAUAUGCAAGGGAGAAGUGAAUCCAGUAGAUUUUCCCGCUCCACUCGAGGCAGACCAACUGUUUUGGCCAAACGCCGCACGAUAAAGAAGCGUGAGAUUCGCUCGAGCCGGGGACGAGGGAUGAGCAUGGAGGCGCCUGGCAACAGGUGGGGGGUUCCGCAAAGCAGCCGCAGUGCAAGAUUUGUGAAGGUUUUGUCACUCAGGCGUUAACGUAGU